AUGUCAAAACUCCCGCUCGAUCUAGUUAACCUCUCGAUCGCCAUUCCUCUCUCCGGAAAUCACCCCGGCCUUAGAGAGUCUCCAAGAUUCUCCGUCGCGAUCGUUCGCGUUCGCGUUCGCGUUCGUCCCCCGUCGUCCGUCUCCCGUCGUCCGUCCCUCGGUUUCCUUCAAGCUGCGCGAGCGAAGAAGAUGGUGUUGGCGCAGUUGGGCGGGACCAUCGCCCGCGACGAGAAGGUCCUGAGAGAGUGCCGCAACGGGAUCAACCGCGCCUUCCUCAGCGCCGACAUCCGGUUCCAGCUCGUCCGCGACAUGCAAAGCAACAUCAAGCGCAUCGUCAGCGUUGACGAUCUUGCUGCCGCCGGGCACAACAAGCGCAGGAUCAUCCACAGCAGUUUAUAUAGAAGAUUGUCCUGGAUUGAAUUCGAAAAAUAUUCAACCCCGAUGCGUAGGAAGGUGCUUCAUGAUAUGAGUUAUUGGUAUGCCUAUGUUGACAUUUGGUGUUUGAAAAUUGCUGUUGAAGGUGUGGAGACAUUUAAAAAGGAAAAUUGUGAUCUUAUAAUUGUUGACACAAGUGUGCAUCACAAGCAGGAUGCUGCUCUUUUUGAAGAAAUGCGUCAAGUUUCUGAAGCAACGAAACCAGAUCUCAUUGUAUUCGUUAUGGACAGUAGCAUUGGUCAAUCUGCAUUUGAUCAAGCAAAGGCAUUCAAGCAAAGUGUUCCUGUUGGGGCUGUUAUUGUGACUAAGAUGGAUGGUCAUGCAAAGGGAGGUGGUGCUCUUAGUGCCGUUGCCGCAACGAAAAGUCCUGUGAUCUUUAUAGGUACUGGAGAACAUAUGGAUGAGUUUGAAGUGUUUGAUGUUAAGCCUUUCGUUAGCCGGCUAUUGGGUAUGGACGAUUGGUCUGGGUUAAUGGACAAAAUUCACAAAGUGGUGCCUAAAGAUCAACAGCCUGAGUAUCUACAAAAGCUUUCUGAAGGGAAUUCUACAUCGAGAAUCAUGUAUGAACAGUUUCAGAACGUUCUUAAAAUGGGUCCAAUUGGCCAGGUUUCUAUUUCUUCCAUCAUUGGAUAUGAUGCUCUACCUUAUCAUUGCAUGCUUUUAUUUUGAGAUUCAUUCAAAGAGAAUACUCAAGCAUGAUUGAGAAUGGACAAGCAUGUGCCAUGGUUUGGUCUCUUGAAUCAAGGUAUUUUCCAUGCUACUGGGGUUCAAUUCAGAAUUGAUGCUAAAGGGUCAAGAGAAAGCAAGUCAUACUGUAAUAUAUAAAUUAGGUGUUUAUUAUUUUGGCUUGGGACUGCAGUGAAGGUUUUAAAUUUAAAUCCUUGCCUC